AGUGUAGUUGGCAUUUGUCAUUUGGUCGCUUGCUGGUGGUCCGUCCGCGAACACAUUUUGUAAAACAGUAUCAACAAAAACAUGCGGUAAUAUCUUUUCGAAAGGAAUUUGCUUGACUGUUGACCACUUUACGGAAAAUCUAAUUGUUCACAUUGUUUUAAUUCUAAAGUGCUAAAAGACUACACAAUGGAGAGUUACAUAAUGGAAUUAUUUAAAGGGGGUGAGCUUCAUGAUAAUAUGAUGCUCGGUGUAGGUAACCCUCUUCUGGACAUCUCCGUGUCUGUUGACAAUGAUUUUCUGAAGAAAUAUGAUCUUAAUCCUAAUGAUGCUGUGAUGGCCGAGAAGAAACACUGGCCUCUGUACAAAGAACUUGUUGAGAAGUUCACCCCGACGUACAUAGCCGGAGGAAGUGUCCAGAACUCGGUUAGGGUCGCUCAAUGGAUUCUGAAGAGGCCCAAAGUGUGCACAUACUUCGGCUGCGUCGGAGACGAUGAAUACGCUCAGAUAUUGAGGAGUAAAGCUGAAGAAGAUGGAGUGAACGUUAUGUACCAGGUAACUGAUAAGAAGCCGACGGGUACUUGUGCGGUGCUCCUAACGGACCAGGGCAAUCACCGGUCCUUGUGCGCGAAUCUCGCCGCCGCCCAGGAGUUCACGCCUGACCAUGUUCAAAAGCCGGAGACCAUGGCCGUCAUUGAGCAGGCGAAACUCAUUUAUGUGUCGGGUUUCUUCCUGGCCGUGUCUCCCGAGACGGUGAUGAUCUUAGCGAAGAAAGCGCACGAGGACGGCAAAGUGUUCGCCUUCAACAUCAGCGCGCCCUUCGUGCUCGAGUUCUACAAGAAGCCGCUAGAAGACAUACUGCCCUACGUCGACAUAUUGUUCGGAAACGAUGUGGAAAUGGAAGGCUUCACAAAAUUCUUCGGAAUGGCAACUGGUAAAGUAGAGCUUGCCCUCGAAUUAGCCGCUCUUAACAAAUUGAACCCCAGCAGAGGCCGAGUAGUGGUCAUGACCAGGGGUCCAAAUAACGUGAUCCUAGCACGUGACGGAACUACGGAAGAGGUCCCAGUAACGCCCUUGGCACAGAGCCAAAUUGUAGAUACCAAUGGGGCUGGGGAUGCCUUCACUGGUGGAUUCUUAAGUCAAGUAGUUAGAGGCAAAUCGUUCAAGGAUUGCGUGAAUUGUGGCAUAUACGCGGCUGGAUAUAUUAUACAGCAAUCAGGGUGCUCGUUUCAAGGCCCAAGUGGAUAUUGCGAUUGCUAAUUAGCUUAAAGCACGGUUUAGGGACACAUGAGAAAUGGACUUGUUUUUUGCAGAAUCUGGGUCACUUUUUAAAUUGGGUCUUUAUGAGUAUGACUCAUUUGAUAUUUCACAGAAAUAAGUACAUCGAAUGGCCUCACGAAAUAGUCAUCCAAAACACUAGAUAUUUUGGAAACCAUAUAAAAUGUUGUAAAAAAAAAUUAAAUACAUAAAUAUUCUGGAUUCUCCAUGUGUCCUGUAAACCGUGAAGCCUAAUUCUUCUAUUAGUUUGACACGGCAAUAAUGUACAUAGUGCAGGUAAAUAAUAGUGACGCACAAUAUUGUAUUUAAAUAAAUCUUUAGGGCUAUUGUUAUUUUUUACGCUCAGAUGAUAAAAGUUCUCGAAUAUAAAGGUGUAUGUGGAUUGCAACUUCAAUACAGAACAUCGCUCAAUGGUUGAUAUAGCUAUACUUUUUAGCCAACUUCUAAAAAAGGAGUAGGUUCUAGAUUCGGUUUUGGCUAUUGAGUUUUUCAUGGUGGUAUUGCAUUAAUUCGAUCCGAUGUAUAUUUGAUCGAAAUAAGUUUGAUGAUGAAGACCAUUUCUAUUUCUUAAUUUGCGUAACACUACACAAUGUUCAACGUUAUUGAACAAAUGUUAUCCUUUAAAGUAAUUUGAUCAAAUAUGUACUGAGAAUUAAAAUUGCACACCACAAUACCACCACUUCUUAACUACCUCGUUAAUGGUUGCACAUCCAGAUAUACACCCAGGAAAGUCAGCUGCAAAAGUUUUCAUUAUAGUUUUGUAAUAAAUAUCAAGGUUUAAAUUAAUUUUAAAAGCAGUGUAUCGAAUAAUAGUGUGAACUUUGUUGCUGGCUAUACAUAAAAAAAAAUCAAUAAUAGACUACAAAUAAAGUUUAGUUUAUAAUAGCUGAAUGUGAUCUAUGUUCGAAUCCAGUUUCAGUAAAAUGAUAAGUUUACCAUACUCCAAUCCAGUGGAACUGUGAUAGGUGUGACCAAAUAAGCUUUGUGUUAAUUAAUUUACAUUUUUAACAUUUGUUAAACUUAUUAUGACUGUGAAAUCUAUAAACAUUCUAUACUUAUUUGUGAAAGUUCUGUAUUUGUCAGUUGUAAUAAAGGUACAUAUGCCAGCAGGUCAACCUACCCGAAUCUGUCAAAUUUUACCAACCGAACAUUAACCUUCCAUUAUUGUGAUAAGGUUGAAAAUAUAUUGAACAAGUUUGUCAGAUUGAGCUAGGUUGAUAUCUGUACACAAUGGUACAUACAACUAAUCAGCAUAUCAAUAACAUUUUCGAAUAUAAAACGGGCUUAUUAGUUAAUAGCUGUAUUCUCAAGCAAAAUGUAAUAGUAUUAUAAAUAGAUCUGAUAUCAACAAACUAACCAUGUAAUAGAAUAAAUUUGCAAUGAUAAAAUUAGGUAAAAAUAGUGUGCCUUCACUUUGCUAGAAUUAUCCACUAUAGUUGUAUUAACACCCUUAUUGAGCAAGGCUCUAUGAUUUUGAGGAAAAUUGUGUCUAUGCAGGACUAUUUUUUAACUGGUAAAACUUAUAUUAGUGAACUAUAAAGUCAAAUAGCACCAUUCCUUUUUCACGAUAGUAUCUGGAUCGUCGCAGCAAUACGAACUUUAUAGAAAUAUACACUUGUUUGUGCGAAAAAGUAUGUUUUACAGACCUGGUGAAAUUCAUAUAUUUUUUAAUUUCCAGCUUAUUCAAAUCAUAAAAUUCGUUAUAAAUUGUGUAACAAAAACAACUUACUUUCUAUGAAAAGUUUUUAAUCAUGCCCUCUGGGCAACUUACUAUUCUAUACUUAAUCUAUGAAGAUGUCAACGAUCAGGAACUAUGUAUUUUAUGAAAUUAGUCAACUUAUACAAAUAAAUGAUCUUACAAAAAAAAGAUGCCAACAGCAGUCUUAAAAUAACAAUUUAAAUUUUUUUUUUAGUUUUAAUCUAGGCCUCUGGGCACUUUAAAUUUUGACCAAGAUCCAAAUCAAUGAUAAUUAUAAACUAUGAAGAUGUUACUGAUCAAGAACUACAUAUGUAUUUUAUGGCAUUAGUCAACUUAUACAAAUAAAUGAUCUUACAAAAAAAAGGCUACAGCAGUCUCAAAAUUAAAGCAAUCAAAAAUAUAACUAUACAACGGGCUUUAUCAAGUUUGCUUUGGCCCCACAUUCGAAUUCCAAACAUCCGGAAUACUGUUGUCUCAUGAUAUAGCAGAGACAUACAAAAUUUAAACUUAUAUAUGUCACCGUAAGAUUACAAACAUCGUUGGAUUACAAUCUAUCUCGAGAUAUUGUAAACUGUCGAAUUAUUGUGAACCGUAAUAUCUGAUUACAAUUUAAUGUAUUAUUUUUCGCUAUAUUAUAAUCUAUCAAUGUAAAGCGGUCAAAUUGUCAACUGGCGUAGAACGGAAUGCAUCUUGCGCCCUGAUUGGUAGAACGUAAUGUGCCCCCGCCGCUCCCGCCAUUUUGUUUGUUUAUUUCGUUUGUUGUCGAUUGUGUAAACAACUGUGUUUUCGUGAUUAUAAAUUGAUUUCCUGUUGAAAAUAACUUAUAUCUUUAGAAUUAGUUAUAUAAAAGUAUACGGGAACUCCAUGGGAACAGAACGGCUGGUCGUGAUUGGUCGAUCUUACAAAAAGACUGACCAAUCAGGGAGAGCUUUCGGACAGUUGACAAUUUGACAAUUUCUCAUCGAUAGAUUAUAAUAUAGCGAAAAAUAAUGCGUUAAAUUGCUAUCAGAUGUUACGGUUCACAAUAAUUCGACAGUUUACAAUCUCUCGAGAUAGAUUGUAAUCUAACGAUGUUUGUAAUCUUACAGUGACAUAUAUAAUCUAAAUGGCACAUUCUUAAGAGCUGGCUUUUUUCGGUUUAAAUACACUUAAAUGACUGCAGGCAAUCAUACUACCUGAAGCUUUUAUACAGCUUAGGCAACCAGUACCAAGAUCAUGUUCAAAACUUUUACAUUAUCCUUACAAAUUUUUGUUUGUAUGAUUAAAGUCAAUGUAAUGUUUGAAAAUAAAAACAUAGUCAUGUCAUAGAUUUUAGAUACUUAAACAAAACAAUAAUAAACUCUUAAAUACAAGUUACAAAGAAAUAAAGCAACAUUUUACUGUUUUAUACAAUAGUAAUUUAAAAAUACGUGUUCAACACGUACUUGUUACAAUAAUGUCAAUUUGGGGUUGAAUUUAAAAAGACUAUAGCAUAUCGCACAAUAUGUACGUCCCAGUCCGGGACUUUAUCUUGCUCAUCGCCCAAUAGAGGCAUACACCUGUAUAUCUCUAAAAUGAUGAAAUCCUUCAAGGUAUGCAGUACUUUUGAGAAGCUUCUUGUGAUCCGUGUAGAUAGUCUGUCAUUGAUACAGUUUUGAUGUUUGCAGAUGACGCAUCCAGGUUUUAUUUUUGUUUUAAUACUUGGUGCCCUGUAAGUGUACAUAUAGCAGUUGUGAUGUACUUAUAUUUGUAUUAUUGUUGUCUAAUAAACAUGUUUUGUAUCAA